UGUGCUCUGCGGGCCGCCGGCAGCUGUUUGGCUGGAGCGAGCAUGAAGCGGCGGAGCGAGCGGGGAGGAGAGGCGCCGGCGGGCGCCCAGGACAAGGGCAUCGCCGCCGCCACCGAGGCGGCGCUGCAGCCAGCUGCCGGGGGACUUCUGGACUGUCUUCAAAAAUUUAAGAUCAAGAGCCUUCUCCUAGAUUUAUUUAUUUUGUACAUUUCUGUCCCUUUCGUCAUUCGCCUCUUCCCUUCGCUUUUACGAAAAUUUGUCUAUCUCAAUUUUUUAUCUUUCCCCUUCGGAGUAGACUUUCAGAAGCCCGAAGUGUACAUACACAAUUACACAACCAACUUCUAUCUCACUUCCGAACCUGGGAUCACGUUCGGCGUUUGGCAUGCCCUGCCUCACAACAGGAGGGAGGAGGCCGAAGGGAAGGACCGCAGCUGGUAUGAAGAGGCCCUGGCGGAUGAUAACCCCGUCAUUAUCUAUCUCCAUGGCAAUGGGGGUAACAGGGCAACGAGCCACAGAGUGCAGUUCACAAAGGCGAUGAGCGAUGCUGGCUUUCACAUCCUGGCCGUUGACUACAGAGGCUAUGCAGAUUCCACCGGUCAGCCUAGUGAGACAGGCUUUACUACAGAUGUCCUGCAUAUCUAUCACUGGGUGAAAGCUCGGAGCAAAAACAGCACCGUGAUUUUCUGGGGGCACUCCCUUGGCACUGGAAUUUCUACGAACGUUGCUCGGGAGCUGAAAGAAAAAGAAGGAACCAUAGUGGAUGCUAUAGUACUAGAGGCACCUUACACCAACAUCCGAGAUGCGGCAGCCACAAUCCCCGUUACAAAAAUCUACCGCAAGUUUCCCGGCUUUGAAUAUUUGAUCUUGGACACAAUGGCGCAUGCUGGCAUGUACUUCUAUAAUGACAGAAACGUCCAAGUGCUAUCCAGCCCUAUCUUAAUCUUGCAUUCAGAAGACGAUGGCAUGAUACCCGUCAGCCAUGGAAGAAAGCUGUUCGAGAUUGCACGCAACGCCUCCCAGAAGAAAGAAAACAUCAAGUUUAUUUCCUUCCCUGCUAGCAAGGGCUUCGGACACGACUACAUUUCUUUCAACCCUGAGCUCCCUGCCAUAGUGAAAGAUUUUCUCAAGAGCGUCAAGUGACUGCAGCAGCCCAGCAUCCAGCCACUUUGGUCAAGGCCAGCCCAGAGGAGAGUUCCUCGUUCUGACAUGUUUGCGAGCCGUAAUAAAACAAAAAAAACAACGGAAA